AAAAAUAUUUUCAUCACAACGUUUAAUUUCUCCGCCCCUAAUUUAAUCAAAUAAUUAAACUGACAGUAAUAUUAUCACCUUAUGCACUUUACUUGUAAUUCGUUACCCCAACACUGCAGGCCAGUGCCGAUCAAGAUGGCAAAUAGAGGCGCGACAACCACCGCUAUAUAAUGAGGCAUCUCAGUGACAUAACUCCGAAUCUUUUGACUGAACGAUACAGUACGACUGAUCUCAGAUGUGAUAUGGCAGCUUACACAAUAGGUGAAAAAACUUCACAAUAUGAUGCGCUGCAGAGUGCAAAAGCCGCCUAUGAUGGGCUUUCUGCUGAUUCAAGCCGUUGCUAUGGUUCUUCUUGUCGGUUGGUACAACCGUCUACCAUCCCAAAACACAAGCCAAGCUGAGGGCAGGGUGCAAGUUCUCCUGUUGUCAUCUUGGAGAUCUGGUUCCUCUUUCCUGGGCCAGGCGUUCAGUCAGCAUCCAGACGUCUUCUAUUUAAUGGAGCCAGGCUGGCACGUCUGGACGUCUAUAAAGAAAGCCGGUGCGCGUAGCUUGCGGAUGGCAGUGCGCGAUGUCUUGCGCAGCAUCUUUCAUUGCGACAUGUCUGUAAUGGAUUCUUACAUGCCACAGGAGCGAAACGUCUCGAACCUCUUUAUGUGGAGCCACAGUCGCGCACUCUGCUCUCCCCCGGCGUGUCCUUUUACACCUCGCGGUGAAAUAAGCAACGAACCAGAAUGCAAGAAGCACUGCGACACGCGUGGAUUGAAAUUAGCAGAGACGGCGUGUCGGACUUACAGCCACGUUGUGUUAAAAGAGGUGCGCUUCUAUGAGUUGGAGUCUCUUUAUCCGCUCCUGCGGGACCCCGAACUUGACCUGCGGAUCAUCCAUCUGGUUCGUGACCCCCGAGCUGUGUUUCGAUCGAGGGAGCAGUCGUCCAAAGCCCUGGCAAGUGAUACGGCCAUAGUGCUAGAGCACGCCAACGUCUUGGAACAAGACCAGCAGUACAACGUCAUGCAAGAGGUUUGCCGAAGUCACGUGCAAAUUUAUGAGACGGCCAUGUUCAAGCCGCCAGAUUUCUUGCGGGGUCGCUACAAAAUGGUGCGUUUUGAAGAUCUGGUACGUGACACGCUUGCGGAGAUCGAGUCCAUUUACCAGUUCGUCGGACUCCAGGAGACCGAAAUGUUGGAGGAAUGGAUAUACCGCAUCACUCACGGUAAAGGCAAAGGAGCAAAAAGUGACGCCUUCAAAAUCACUUCGCGAAACGCGGAGGAUGUCUCCUUGGCUUGGCGGACCACCUUACCGUUUGAGAAAGUCCAGCGCAUCCAAGAGGUGUGCAAAAGAGCCAUGUCCAUGCUCGGAUAUAACGCCGUGGAUAGUGAGACAGAGCAAAAAAUGCUGGAUUUGGACCUGUUGAAGCCACAGAAAGGCUACCAGUUUGAUUGGCUGCCCUCUAAAACCACAACCACUAAUGUAUAGAGCCGCACGAGUGAUUGAUAUUAAAUGUUUGAAGUUUGUGUUCAUCAGUUUGGUUCUUACGCUUCAGUGUAAAAACUUCACAACAAAAUCGACUUUAGAGUGGGGGUACAUCUGUUAAAAAAGACAAUAGACCUGAAGCUACUGGAGCUAGUUUUCUAUUUGUUUUAUUUUGGAAGAAAUUAUAGUGAAUUUAUCAACUUUUUAAUAUGUUUUUGUUUACAAAGUCAUUUUGCUGUUAUUGUGUGUGUUUGUCAAAAAUGUUUUUGUUUCUCUUUUUCUUUCAUGAUAAAACACAACUGAACUACAUUUCCCAUCCUACAACAAAUGUCACUCCAACUGUAUUUACCACAAACUGCGACAGCAUUAAGAUGAAUGUUAGCAUCCUUAUGUGUCUACACUACUGUCAAAAAUUCUAAAUCCCUUAACAAUUUCUCACAAUCUUUAAGACCUGUUUGAUGUGAUGGUGUUUGACUACAUGUUUAAUUUAAGUUUGAAAGACAACAAUAUGGCUUGGGCUGAAUGAUUAAAAAGUAUCAAAUUAUAACUUCACUUAAAUACAAUGCAUGUUUGCAAAUUCAAAGUUUGGCUACUUUGACCACAUUUGUGUUAUUCCAAAAUUUUAUUGAGAUGAGAAACUAAUAUUCAGAAUAGCUUCACAUGACACACUAAACACAUAUUUUGACAUGACUGGCCACAUGCGACACUCUGAACACACAUUUUGACAUGACGGGGCCACACACGCGACGCACCGAACACGCAUUUUGACAUGACUGGUCACAUGCGACACUCUGAACACACAUUUUGACAUGACGGGGCCACACACGUGACGCACCGAACGCGCAUUUUGACAUGACUGGCCACAUGCGACACUCUGAACACACAUUUUGACAUGACGGGGCCACACACGCGACGCACCGAACGCGCAUUUUGACAUGACGGGCCACAUGCGACACUCUGAACACACAUUUUGACAUGACGGGGCCACACACGCGACGCACCGAACGCGCAUUUUGACAUGACUGGCCACAGGGGACGCACCGAACACGCAUUUUGACAUGACGGGGCCACACACGCGACACAUCGAACACGCAUUUUGACAUGACUGGCCACAGGCGACACUCUGAACACACAUUUUGACAUGACGGGGCCACACACGCGAUGCACCGAACACGCAUUUUGACAUGACUGGCCACAUGCGACACUCUGAACACACAUUUUGACAUGACGGGGCCACACACGCGACGCACCGAACACGCAUUUUGACAUGACGGGCCACAUGCGACACUCUGAACACACAUUUUGACAUGACGGGGCCACACACGCGACGCACCGAACACACAUUUUGACAUGACUGGCCACAGGUGACGCACCGAACACGCAUUUUGACAUGACGGGCCACACAUACGGCACUCCAAACACGCAUUUUGGCAUAACAAGCCACACGACACUCCGACCACACAUUUGACAAGUUUGGCUACUUUGAACACAUUUGUGCUAUUCCAUAAUUUAAAUGAGUUGAAAUAGUAUUUUGACAUGAUGCACAUAGUUUCACACGAUGCACCGAACACACAUUUUGACAGGACGGGCCACACACGAGACGCACCGAACACGCAUUUUGACACGCCAAGACACACUGAACACACAUUUUGACACGCCGAGACACACUGAACACGCAUUUUGACAUGACAGGCCACACACGAGACGCACCAAACACACAAGCCACACGACACUCCGAACACACAUUUGACAAGUUUGGCUACUAUGAACACGUUUGUGUUAUUCCAUAAUUUUAAUGAGAUGAAAUCGUAUUUUGACAUGAUGCACAUAGUUUCACACGAUGCACCGAACACACAUUUUGACAGGACGGGCCACACACGAGACGCACCGAACACGCAUUUUGACACGCCAAGACACACUGAACACACAUUUUGACACGCCGAGACACACUGAACACGCAUUUUGACAUGACAGGCCACACACGAGACGCACCAAACACACAAGCCACACGACACUCCGAACACACAUUUGACAAGUUUGGCUACUAUGAACACGUUUGUGUUAUUCCAUAAUUUUAAUGAGAUGAAAUCGUAUUUGGUAUAGUAUUUUGACAUGAUGUACAUAGUUCCACAUGUCCCACAGAACACACAUUUUGACAUGACGGGCCACACCCGAGAUGCACCGAACACAUAUUUUGAAUUCCCGUAGUAGUAGCAAAUGUUUUGACCAGCACUGUCUAUUUGAAAGUAUGUAUAGAUUUUGAUAUGUGUUAAUACAACUUGAUUUAUUUUGUUUAACUUGAUUUGUUAAUCUCACUGGAUUUAGAAUUUAGACCUUACUCAGAUGUGGACCAGUAAGGUUUCAUCUACUGUUUAAUGAAACCUGUGAACUUUAUAAAUGUGCAAUUUCCCCAAAUGAAUACAACUAAAUGAGUACUUUAAAAACUUUAGACUUGACUAAUCCAGUCAGAGGUUAAUGUUUGCACUUGAGUGUUUCAUUUCCACUGUUGUGUUUUCACAUAGCCAAAAUUUUAAGAAAGAAUGAAGAUGUGUUAAAUUCUUGAAUUUAAUGGUAGGUUGCAUGUCAUCUUAUUAUUGCUCCUUCUUUUUAGAAUAUACGGAGACUUACUUUAACACUCCGUCUGGGCCCCAAAUUCAAGACAAAGCUAAACAUUAUAACAUGCAGUGACAUUGUAAACAUUUACCCUUCUUUAUUCUAGCUAGACAAUGCACAGUAUGUAUGUAUGUAUGUAUAGAGAGAGAGAGAGCAUGAAGCAAAUGUGUAUAAAUACUAGAAUCAACAGUAAUUGUUUUUAUAUGUCGAAAAAUCUUAUCCACGGUACAUAUCUAAGCCUCAGAAUUUAUGCUUGGUUUCAGCCAGUAGUCUUUAAGUUUAGACUACUUUCAUGUUACAUUUUGUAUGUUUGGUGAAUAGAGAUGUGUAAAUGCAUCUUAUCUAAACGUAUCCAAGUAUUUAAACUGUGAUCAUUAAAACCUCUUUUGUGUUCAUAGCAUACAUACAAAAAACAACUGUGAUUUUUAUUUUAUGUUUUACUAUUAAACAAUAAAAUGAACCACCACAUAAAUUAUAAAAAAAAAUACAACGGCCCCAAAUAG